ACUAAAACCAAGUAAUUCCAAUUAAAUCGUGAUUUACAGUUGAAGUCAGUGUUGUUUAUUCAAUUAACCGAGUCGUUAAUGAAGACCUUUGAGGUUCGUGUAUUUAACCUUUAAAAAAUAUUGAAUUCAAGUUUGAGCCUUGAAUCAGUUUCUCGUGCUUUAUUAUGAAGUGUCUGACCGGAAGCGCCUCCUGCUAGCUCCGUUAGCUUGUUAGCUGCUGCGGCUCCGGUCCGGUGGACUCCCUCUUGCCGGACAGACAGUCGACAUGAAGCCGGGGGGAGGCCCCUCGGUCCCGGGGACAGCGCCCAGAACAGCGGCUGGAUGGGAAGUCCCGGUAGCAGAGGACAUGUCGGAGACGGAUCCUGAUGAUUCUGCUUCUGCGUCGGAGCGGGACAUCUACAUGAGAUUCAUGAGACGUCACCAGUGUUACCAACUCGUCCCUUCCAGUUCCAAACUGGUCGUGUUCGACACCGCGCUGCAGGUGAAGAAAGCGUUUUUUGCUCUUGUGGCAAACGGAGUGAGAGCUGCUCCUCUGUGGGAGAGCAAGAACCAGAGCUUUGUAGGGAUGUUGACCAUCACAGACUUCAUCAACAUCCUGACCAGAUACUACAAAUCCCCCAUGGUUCAGAUCUACGAGCUGGAGGAACAUAAGAUCGAGACGUGGAGAGAGCUGUACCUGCAAGAGACCUUCAAACCGCUGGUCCACAUUUCACCUGAUGCCAGUGUGUUCGACGCAGUGAACUCACUGAUAACAAAUCAAAUCCAUCGACUUCCUGUCAUCGACCCGGUGAGCGGGAACGCCCUCUACAUCCUGACCCACAAGAGGAUCCUCAAGUUCCUGCAGCUGUUUGUGUGUGAGAUGCCCAUGCCUGCCUUCAUGAAUCAGUCUCUGGAGGAACUCGGCGUCGGGACGUACGCUAACAUCGCCUUCAUCCACCCGGACACGCCCCUCAUCACCGCGCUGUCCGUCUUCACCCGGCGCCGCGUCUCCGCCCUGCCCGUCGUGGAUCACCAUGGCAAAGUCGUGGACAUCUACUCCAAGUUCGACGUGAUAAACCUGGCGGCAGAGAAGACGUACAACAACCUGGACGUGACAGUGACUCAGGCGCUCAGACACAGAUCUCAGUACUUUGAAGGAGUCAUGAAGUGCAACAGACUGGAAACACUGGAGACCAUAGUGGACCGAAUCGUGAAGGCUGAGGUUCACAGGCUGGUCGUCGUUGAUGAAGACUCUCGUAUCAUCGGCAUCGUCUCUCUGUCCGACAUCCUGCAGGCGCUUGUUUUAAUCCCUGCAGGUCUCGGGAGGAAAGAGUCUGUCCCCUCUCAGCCGACCACUCUGGACUCAUCACCACCAGGACUGGAUCAGGUCCAGGAUCAAGAUCUAGAUCCAGGUCCAGAUCUGGUCCAGGAUCAGGUCCAGGAUCAGGAUGAAGAUCAGGUCCAGGAUCAGGAUCAAGAUCAUGAUCCAGAUUCAGAUCCAGAUCUGGUCCAGGAUCAGUACCAGGAUCAGGAUGAAUAUCAGAUCCAGGCCCAGGAUCAAGAUCAGGUCAAGGAUCAAGAUCUAGAUCCAGAUCCAGAUCUGGUCCAUGAUCAGGAUGAAGAUCAGGUCCAGGUCCAGGGUCAGGAUCAGGGUCAGAAUCAUGAUGAGGAUGAAGAUCAGGAUCAGGGUGAGGAUCAAGAUCAGGACCAGGAUCAACAUCAGGUCCAGGAUCAAGAUCAAGAUCUGGUCCAUGAUCAGGAUGAUGAUCAGGUCCAGGUCCAGGUCCAUGGUCAGGGUCAGGGUCAGGAUGAAGAUCAGGUCCAGGAUCAUGAUGAAGAUCAGGUCCAGGCCCAGGAUCAAGAUCAGGUCAAGGAUCAAGAUCCAGAACCAGAUCCAGAUCCAGAUCCAGGUAUGGUCCAUGAUCAGGAUGAAGAUCAGGUCCAGGGUCAGGGUCAGAAUCAUGAUGAGGAUGAAGAGCAGGUCCAGGAUCACGGUGAGGAUCAAGAUCAGGACCAGGAUCAACAUCAGGUCCAGGAUCAAGAUCAAGAUCUGGUCCAUGAUCAGGAUGAAGAUCAGGUCCAGGAUCAGGGUGAGAAUCAGGAUCAGGACCAGGACCAGGAUAAACAUCAGGUCCAGGACCAGGACCAGGAUCAAGAUCUGGUCCACGAUCAGGAUGAAGAUCAGGUCCAGGUCCAGGAUUAGGUUCAGAGUCAUGACUUUCAUGUAGAGACAGAGACAAAAAGAGAACUUGAACCGGAUCUGGACCACGACUCUUGUAAAAUAUAUAAAUACAGACAGAGAGAGGAGGUGAAUGAGGAGGGGGGGUGGAGGAGGAAGUGGGGGGGUCAAAUGAUGGAGGAGGUGAAGAAGAGGGUGGGGACGCAGCAUGACAUCAUCGGCCGGCGUCUCCCUGGACUCAACAAACUUGUCUCUGAUCACAGAAGAAGAAGUGGCUGACGUGUGAUUGGCCGGAGAGACUUUCAGACUGUGUUUCAUUGGCCGACAGUCGGAGGGCGACUAUUGGACAGAUGCUCUGGAGCUGGGCUGACGUGUGCUGGAGCCAAUCAGAUCUCUGCUGGUUAUAUACACACACGUGUCAUACAUGUACACAGGUCAUACAUGUGCUCCUGCAGUUUGUCAGAUUCUUAUCACAGACCCGACUGUUGUUUACCCCCCCCCCCCCUCAGCGUCAGCUGGUUUUACUUUGACAGAUGAUCACAUGACUCCAGAGCAGCUGAGAACCAGACAUGAAGAAACUUCUCCACACGACACAUGAAACACUUUGAACUUUUAAUACGAUGAACGGGAAGAUGGAUCUUUGUGACAUCAUAAAGGGGCGGGUCAUGUAGUUGUCAUAGGUGCUUUCGUUUUAACUGCAGCUUCUGAUUGGUGCAGAGAUUUAAAUCGCUGAAGGAUUUUCUUCCAGAUGAAUCUAACAUUUGAAAUAAAUCUGAAAACUCUUAUUGUUAAAUGAAUGUGUUGAUGGAUUCCGGUUGUGUUCAGAUUUGAAUGAACCUGAUCACCUCUGGAACCUUUUCUCCUAAACUGCUGCCCUCAAAAGUGUUUCCUGAAGUGACCCCUGGGGAUUCUGGGAAACGUAGUAUUUGUUCUGUGUCAUCAAGGCAUUGAAAUCAGAGUCUUCAUGGGGAUCCACUGAAUUCUGAUUGUUUUAUUCUGAAAGAUCUCUUUUCAUGAAUGUUAUGAUAGACGAUGAUUUUUAUCUUUCUACAUCGUGUAAGUACAAAGAAAUGCAGUUACACAACUUUAUCUGUUCGUUGCACAAUAUUUAGUUUCAGUCCAACAAUAUGUUCUGCAGAGUUCUGCUACUGCAGCACAAAGCGUUAACAAAGGCUUGGACUUGAAUAUGGUCAUAAAUAUUAAUAUUUUAUAAAAGUACUCGAAUAAAUACCAUGAGACCACACACACACACACACACACACACACUUAAAAGAAGUCCUUGUAAAAUGUUGAAUUGUUUAUUUCCAUAUACAAAAAGAUAAAAUUGAAAUAAUCCUUUGUAUUCUUCA